CGUUAUGCACUUAUGCUGAAAAUUUAAUCCAUUCCGCUCCAUAAAAUAUCAGCUUAUCAUAAAGCUCCACGUAUGUGGAUAGUUUCCAUAUAUCUCAAGCAUUAUCAAAUGUCUAUCAACUUUGAGACAAUCUCCGAAUGUCUUCAGAUUUGAGGUAAAUUGAGUUAAAUUUUUGGAGUCUUGAGGCAAAAAAGCAUGGACAUGCAUCAAUUUCUUAUAGUUUCUGUGUUCUUGAGCUCACUGUUACAUGGAGAUGCUGGGAUCACGAGUAGUUUUAUUCGAUCCGAAUGGCCAGCUAUUGAUAUACCACUUGACCAUCAUGUUUUCAAAGUCCCAAAAGGAUAUAAUGCUCCACAACAAGUGCGUAUUACUCAAGGUGAUUAUGAUGGAAAGGCUGUUAUCAUCUCAUGGGUGACACCAGAUGAACCUGGUUCAAGCAAAGUUCAUUACGGCGUCCUGCCAGGAAAAUACGACUUUGUGGCUCAAGGGACGUACUCAAACUACACAUUUUACAAAUACAAGUCUGGUUAUACUCAUCACUGCCUCGUCUCGGGCCUUGAGUAUGAUACAAAAUACUAUUACAAGAUCGAAAGCGGUGAAUCUUCUCGGGAGUUUUGGUUUGUUACACCACCAGAUGUACAUCCAGAUGCUUCUUACAAGUUUGGUAUUAUAGGCGACCUGGGCCAAACAUUCAACUCUUUGUCCACACUGGAACACUACAUGCAUAGUGGAGCUCAAGCUGUCUUGUUUCUAGGCGAUCUCUCUUAUGCUGACAGAUAUCAAUAUAACGACGUCGGUGUGAGAUGGGAUAGCUGGGGACGUUUCGUGGAGCGUAGCACCGCUUAUCAACCGUGGCUCUGGUCUGCAGGCAAUCACGAAAUAGAUUACAUGCCAUACAUGGGAGAAGUGACACCUUUCAAGAAUUUCCUCCAGCGUUACACUACGCCUUACUUAGCUGCAAAGAGUAGCAAUCCUCUCUGGUAUGCUAUUAGGCGUGCGUCUGCUCAUAUCAUUGUCCUCUCCAGCUAUUCUCCUUUUGUGAAAUAUACCCCGCAGUAUAAAUGGCUUGAUGAAGAGUUUAAAAGAGUUGACAGGGAGAAAACUCCUUGGCUAAUUGUUCUGAUGCACAUCCCGAUAUACAACAGUAAUGAAGCACACUUCAAGGAAGGUGAAAGCAUGAGAGCAGCUUUUGAGGAGUGGUUUGUUGAACACAAAGUUGAUGUAAUCUUUGCUGGCCAUGUUCAUGCCUACGAGAGAUCGUACCGGAUAUCAAAUGUGCGGUGUAAUGUCUCAAGCGGAAAUUGUUUCCCGGUUCCAGAUAAGUCAGCUCCUGUUUAUAUCACAGUUGGUGACGGAGGAAAUCAAGAAGGUCUCGCCGGAAGGUAUUCUAAUCAAGAAUGUGGUAUUCUUGGAUUAGAAUGUGACAAGACCGCUUCUUGUUUCAGGUUUAGGGAACCACAGCCAGAUUAUUCUGCAUUUCGAGAAGCUAGCUACGGCCACUCUACUCUGGACAUUAAAAACCGAACACAUGCGAUAUACCAUUGGAACCGCAAUGACGAUGGGAAGAAAGUAGCAACGGAUGAGUUUGUGUUACACAACCAGUACUGGGGAAAGAACAUUAGACGGAGAAAGCUUAAAAAGCACUAUAUCAAGAGUGUUGUGGUUGAUUGGAUUGCCAGUUGAUUCACUGUGUGUGUGCCUCAUACUUUCUAUCAAAGUAUGUAAAGAUGUCUUCGUGAAUACUUAUUACUUCUCUCCCCCUCUAUUUGAAUACUAAUGAAUUUGUUUAUUAAAUUUGACUUAUGAAGGGAAUAGAGUGGCCAGAUAAGUAAAGCAAUAAAUUAUUGUGUUUUAUGAGUUGUUUUUUAAGUGACUUAAUGGGUAACACCUCUAACCCAAGUUUUUGGCUUUCAAGCACAAGAGGCAUCAGACAAUAAAGUAAUAAAAUUUUGAACUUAUUGACUAUGUAAAUAUAUAAAUUAGAUAAUUAUCAUUAAUUAGCAAGCAAGUUGUGCUAUUGUUGAGAGUUGUGAUGGUUAAUUACUUUUUGCCUCUUAUAUGAAUUUAUUUUAAUUAUCUUUAAUAAAAUUAAUUAAAUUAAAUCUUAUAUUUAUUAAAUAUAUACCGGUUUUUAUGAUGUAGUUUGGUUUAAUUUGUUU